AUGGCUACUACCGGCCUUGUGGUCUCGAUCAUUGGGACGGGGGUCAGCAUCCUCUCCUUCCUUCUCGGGCAGAUUCCCUCUAGCGACAGUGGCACUGCUACCGUUAGUUAUGUUAUCGCCAAUGACGGUGCAAACGGCGACCUCACCGGGGCCGGAGGGCACAAGCCCGACGUCCGGAUGUGGGAUCAGACGGCCGAGUUCCUCGGAAUCACGACGCAGGACGGCGACAACUGCGGGGAGGGGUGGACGACCUGCACCACAGAUGUGAGCACCCGGGAGGCGCCUGUAUAUACCCUGUUCACGGGUAACGACGAUGCCAUUUGCAUUGCUUGGACGGGGAUCUCCUUCCCAGGAGGCAAUCAAAAGUUUGGAUUCCAUCCGGGGCAGUGGGCCCGCGGAUGCGAUAUCUAUGGCAACGGAGGCGGUGCUUGGUACUAUGCCGGCACGACGGUCCCCGGCCUGAAUGACAACGAGCAUACCGUGUACUGCGCCUGGGUUGACGGCAACGGCGACGUCGAGACGACAGGCUUCCAGGUCCACUGGCCCGAGUUCGACGGCAGCCAGUCCGACGCCCGGGACAUCUCGUACUACUGCGACAACCAGUCACCCGUCAGUUUCCGCACGGAGCCCGACCCGAGCACCAUCUGGACCUGGCAGCGCAAGCGCAACAUCAUCACCAACACCGCCUCGGCGGGCCCCGGCCGCGAGGCAACCCGUAAGCGCCAGGCACAGCGCUUGGGCUCCACGUUCGAGAACGACCCGCGCAUAAUCAAGAGCCGCCGCGCCCAGCAUAGCGCCUCCGAACUAUGCGACCCCAACGGCAAGGCCGCCGGGCAGAGCUUUGUCUCCUACGCCGAGAGGAUGUUCUGCCACAUGCCGACCAAGACGCUGUACCCGUUCUGCGAGGACGUCGCCGAGGGUGCGUGCUGGUCAGACGCCGACAAUGCUGUGACGGCCAAGGGCAGCAGCGCGUUCCGCAUGCGGCUGCCUGACAUGAGCCAUAUCAACAAGACGAUUGUGUGGGAGUAG